AUGUCGAAAAAUAAAAUUGCGGCUCGCAUUGACAGUCAAACUGUGGAAGUUAAAACUAAGUUCGAUGCAGAAUUCCGUCGAUUCUCCCUAAGUCGCACAGAGAAGCUAAAGUAUGAGGACUUCAAAGCCUUGAUAGAGAAGCUAAACAGGUUGCAAGAUGUGGCCUUCCUAAUAUCCUACACAGACCCUAGGGACGGAGACCUGUUGCCUAUAAAUAAUGACGAUAAUUUAGCCAGAGCGUUGCUUACUGCACGACCACUGCUCAGAGUUAUCAUACAAAGGAAAGGAGACAGCUUAGAAGAAUUGAACGGCUAUGGCACAAUACGACCCCGAAACUUAAUUUCGUCCAUACUGAGUGGCACACCGGCCAAGAACAAAGGGCUCGCCAUCUCUAACCCGCAUGAUUUUAGAAUGGUGUCGGCAAUCAUAGAUGUGGAUAUAGUUCCGGAGACCUGCAGGCGAGUGAAGUUACUGAAGCAUGGCUCAGACCGACCGCUCGGAUUUUUUAUAAGGGAUGGCACCUCAGUUCGUGUAACACCGAACGGCGUAGAACGUUCUCCCGGCAUUUUCAUAUCACGAUUGGUGCCUGGUGGGUUGGCUGAGUCUACAGGCCUACUCGGAGUCAACGAUGAAGUGUUAGAGGUCAACGGCAUCGAUGUUUCUAAUAAAACAUUAGAUCAGGUGACAGAUAUGAUGGUAGCAAAUUCGUCGAACCUAAUCAUCACAGUGCGGCCCGCCAACCAGCGCGUGGGCCCGCCGCCGCCCGCCGAGACCGCCUCGCGCAACUCGCAGCCCUCCAGCGAACCCGACGAGGACAGGUUCGAUCAAGAUGAACAAGACGAGAUCGUAGAUCUCACGGCUGUCACAUUAGAGGACCAACCGGAGACCUCUUUCCCUCACAUCCCCUCGAAGGAUGACGGACAAAUUCUCCAUCUCUAG